GCAAAUCCCGAGCGGCCUGCCCGCGGCAUGGCUCCCUCAGCCGCCGCGGCCUCUUGAGGGGGCUGCCCGGGGAGCCCUGCGGUGCUUGUGGGAGGGGGUCGGUCGCUAAGCUCGGGCUUUGUUGCCCGUGCUGCGGGUUCGCCCCGCCCCUGCCCCUUGGCUCGGCUGCCCUCGCGGCGCCGGGCUAACGGCUGCUCCCUCCGCCGCGCAGGUGCCGAGCCCCGAUGGAGCCCGCCAGGCGCCGCAGGGCGAAGAGCGCGUGGGGCAGCGGCUCAGACGGCGCCCCGGCCAAGUACCGCAAAUGCGCCGAGGCUGGGCCGCCACGUCCGUCCUCCCGCCCCGGCUCCGCCGCCGGCUGCCCCGCGCACGCGGGAGAGGCCCGGAGCGCUGGGAAGCCCGCGGCGUGUGGACGGGCGCGGCCUUGGCUGUCCCCGCAGACCGUUUGCCGAGGGCUUUCUGCCGGCGAGACGUCCGGGGCCGCGUCCUCUGCACGGGGCUCCUCCCCAGAUUCAGCAGACGCAGCAGAUGGGAGCAGCAGCAGCAGCAGCCUGGAAGAGAGGGGCAAGGGCUCUUCCCUUCCCAGGAGAACCCUGCUCAGGAAACAUCCUGGCGGGGAAAUGUCCAAGGCAGAUACGGUCUCCCUGCCCCGGGAAUCCUUGAACCGGGAGGGUGGUGCAGGCUGUAACCUCACACCAAGGACUGAAGGUAAAGGUGUCUCAGAAGAACAGACUGUGGAUCAUAGGAAGAAGAGAAUGAAGGAUCAGGGAUCCACAGUAAUAUACCUUAGAGCACUCCAGGAUGCUUUUGGGAAAUCAUUAGGGAAAAAGGUCAGAAGGGAGGCAUCUACAUCAAAUGGAGAUCAAGAUCAAAACCCCUGUCAUAGUAAAGAACCUUGCAAAUCAGAUGGCAACUCAAGAACCAUCUGUGCAGCUUCAAGGCAUGAAGAAGAUCAGCGACCUCAGCUAGAUUCAGACAGACAGAAAACUUCAGUAGAUGAAAACGGUGCUUGUGCUAGUUCAGUUAGCACUGGACAAAGUAACCCCAAAGAACAGUAUGUGGAUUACCAAAGGCUAAAUAUUGCAGGACCCUUUCCAAAGCUUGUAUUUGUGGAUGAACAGAAUUCGAGUUCAGAAGAAGAUUAUGAGUUCAAAGAGCGAGAUACCUUGGAAAAGGAGCCCUCCGUGGGAAGUGAUUGGUCUGAUGUGGAUGAUGUAGAAUCUUUAGCUAGGUUCUCCCAGGAGGAUUCAGUUCCACAUCACAAUAGGUCAGUUAUUUUGGAGACUUCACCAGUUAUAACUGAUCGUGUAACGUACCCUGCUCAUCUGUACAGUUGCCCAUGGGGUGACUUUAGGAAGUGCUGGACAAGUAGUCCAAAACCACCUAAUCGUUCAUUUUCAAAUCCCAAUGAGGAUAUUUCUUAUUUAGGUGGCUCAAGUAGCAGUCAUCUUUGUGAUAUUUCUGUAGAAUUUGCAGCAAGCACUCCUUCCAAUACAUCAAAAGAUCUAGAGUCUGCAAUUGAAGGUGAACAUUGGAGAUCACAUUCCUUUGAGUCUUCCCUGGUCUCUGAGGAGAAAAGCAAAAUGUCUAGCAAGGAAGCAGAAUCAUAUGCUCCCAUUAUCUCUAGAGCACGGAUGUCUGAUUCUUUUACUUCUGAAUAUGUAAAGCAGGAAGCAGCUAUUGAACUCCCUAAACAUUUACAGGAGGGUUUCAUUGAUACCCAUUGCCACCUGGACAUGCUAUAUUCCAAGAUGUCUUUCAGAGGCACGUUUGCAAAGUUUAGAAAAGUUUACAAUAGCUCCUUUCCCAAAGAAUUUCAAGGCUGUAUAGCUGACUUCUGUGAUCCUCGAAACCUAAAGGACUUCUUAUGGGAGGAUUUGUUAAAAGAAGAAAUGGUUUGGGGAGCAUUUGGCUGUCAUCCACAUUUUGCACGUUACUACACAGACCUCCAUGAAAGAAAUCUCUUACAGGCACUGAGGCACCCGAAAGCUAUUGCAUUUGGAGAGAUGGGUCUAGACUACUCUUAUAAAUGUUCUACUGAUAUCUCCAAGCAACACAAGGUAUUUGAAAAGCAACUGCAACUGGCUGUGUCCUUAAGGAAACCCUUGGUAAUACACUGCAGAGAGGCUGAUGAUGAUCUGCUGGAGAUCAUGAAAAAGUUUGUGCCUAAAGACUACAAGAUACACAGGCAUUGCUUUACUGGUAGUUACAAUGUCCUAGAGCCAUUGCUAGAGCAUUUCCCAAACCUUUCUGUGGGAUUCACUGCACUGCUGACUUACUCAUCUGCCUUUGAAGCCAGAGAGAGUAUAAGAAAAAUUCCUUUGAACAGAAUAAUGGUAGAAACAGAUGCUCCCUAUUUCCUUCCUAGGCAGGUUCCCAAAAGCAUAUGCCAGUAUUCUCACCCAGGAUUAGCCCUGCACACAGUGAGAGAGAUUGCCCGUCUGAAGGACCUGCCACUCUCCCAUACCUUGGCUGUUCUAAGGCAGAACACCAACCACAUGUACAAUCUAUAGGAUGGUGCUAGCAAAUGUGGAGAAGAGCGAGGUCAGGAAAACUACUGUGAAAUGGUGAAAAACCCUUCAAGUGAUAUCUAUAUUGUGUCUUCUGUGGCCCCAAAAUGUUAUGCUGCAAUCCAACUUGGAGAUGACGGUUAGUAUUAAGUACUCAAGACUUGCCAUCCCAACUCCUCCCAAAAGAGUUACACAUUCCCUUUUAAUCUAUAUCCCUUUGCAUCUCCUUUUCAUUCUCUACUGGUCCACUGUCUCCCUGUUGCAUACCACAAGAAAGGGUGUUGAUGUCUUCAUUGGGUAAAUGGUGUUUCUUGUGGAGACAAAGAGAAUCUGCUGUGGUAAAUAUGGGAUUUUAUUCAUCUUUAUUUGUAUUAGCCUGUUCAAGAGUGAACAGCCUAUAAUUAUUGAGCAGAUAUAGGUUACUCGGGUGUAGUUAGAGCCCAAAAGGUAGGCAAUGAUCUUGGAUUCUUAAAGCACCUAAUUGCUGAGGCUAUAGGGAAAAGAGUAUGUAUCAGAGCAGAGAAUUUGAUGCAUAACUGUGCACAGACUUCCUCAUGCCACAGAAUGAAAACAUACCCAAAAUUAAGUGUUUGUGUACAAGUGCCUUUCUUUGGAUAAAGUAAACAGCAUGUAGGUGCCAAAUAAGCUUUUAAAUUUUUUCAGCAAAAUGUUAAAAUUACCAGUGUUGAAUAGCCUCAAAAAGACAUGAGUGUUUUUUGGCUACAGUGAGGUUUUAAGAGAACCGAAGUGGAGUAUGAACACAGAAGCCCACUGAUCCCACUUUUGAUGGAUCCUGUAGUAUGCAAUUGAAUGUGAAAAUCCAUCCUGAAGGUUCUUCUAUGGGGUUGUGGCCCAAUGUGUUAUCGUGAAGAAAAAUGCCUGUCUGACAGAAAUGCAAAGCGCUUUGGUGAAUAUACUUCUCAAAAUAAGCUUUUUGUAAAAGUAAGUCUAAUUUUAAACUACUUCAGGCCAGUUUUAACUGCUUUCAGAGGGCAAUUUGACAAAUGACAAUGACUUAAUUUUUCUGUAAUAUGUUACUUUUAAUGUACCUUGAAACUACAGUUGAAACUUUUUUAAAGCUUACUUGUAAAUAAAGAUCUCUGAGAAAGAGAUGCUGUUAAAUUGUUUGGUUUAUACAGAACUGUGCUAAGAUUUUGUAGAUGGAUUUUAGUUAUCUCUAAAACCUAGAUUAUUAGAAUGGGAUUCUUCCAUUUAUCAAUCGGGCAACCCCUCCAAACUAAUAAAUGACACUGUGAAAGUGUUCAGUUACGCCUUUCCACUUCGUGCAUUGGCCACAUGUGUAUGCUAGUAUCAAGCAGGUGGUGUGGCCUCGUGUUCUGUACACAGGUUACUUAAAUACAUAAUUUUCUAAAAGUAUUACUCCAAAUAUUAUUGUAAGUGCACACAGCCUGUCUUAAAUCAACAGACUGAAAUACUUGAAUGUGAAGUUGACCAGUAUUUCCACCACAAGUGUGUAUAUCAGUAGGUUUGGCUAUACCAUAGCCCCCCUCAUGGAUAACUGCCACUUGUAAAUUUACUAACCUUUUUGACAAAGCAACAGUUUAAAAGCUUUUAUGUUGUAAAGGGUAUAAUUUGCUGCUCCUCUUCCUCUUUAGGACCACUAAAGAGACAAUAUUGUCUAUUGAUAUUAACUGCAAAAUUCUCAUUUACUUCAGUGGGUACACGAUAGGACCCUUUGUAAUGGAUGUCAACAUAUGACUUGUGUAAUUAGGCUCUUAAAAGAUAACUUCAUAUGCACAUCCCUUUAUUAUAUACAUAGGUGUAUAAUGGAGACUGAAACUUCCAUCUAGUGCCACGUGUAUAUAGUAUCAGUAAACAAAUGACUGCGGUUUCAACACUAGCUUUAUUUUCUGCUGCAAGAAGCAUGUGGUAGAUUAACAGUUUAUCCUUGCUUUUAGAACAGGUAGCUUCAGUCACAUAGUUUUGAAAGGUAAGAAAACAACUUAGAUUUCAGUGUGUUUGACCUUGUUUGCAGCUAUCUGUCUACCAUAUCUAUACUACUUGCAACCUCAUCCAAAGACCUGUUACACAACAAAAUGUCCUUUUAAAAACUGCAAAAUGUUCAGCUUCAUGCAUUUCUUUUAAUGCAUGCUCUUGUCAUCCGUUGCACAAUGUAAAGCAAGAUUUAAAGCAAUCCAAGCCAAUGAGCAGAACUUUGUUGUACUCUAAUCAGUUUGUAACAUCUUCAUGUUUCAACUCAUGCCAGUUUUGGGUUUCUGAAAGGGAAGAGAGUAGAGAUUUUAAUUUUUUUACUUUUUUUGCUUUUACUGUUUAAUUAUUUAAGAAGUAUUAACAGGUUUCGACAUCGUUGCCUUAUAAAUUUCAAACAAAACAAUCUAUGUUGACAGACAUACAAGAAUACAGAUCUUCCUAGCAGGAUAUUAUCAUAUUAGAGUGAGAUUCAUAACAUCUGUAUUUUUUAUUAAAUUGGGUGAAAUCUCUGAUUACUUAUUUAACAGACCAAAUUAGGUGUUCUGGGUUUUUGCAGGUGAAUGUACUCUGAGUAGUGAAUAAAAGGUAACCAAAAAUGUAUGUAUCUGUGUCCUCUGUCUGUUUUGCUGGGUAUGUAACUUGUCUUAAUUUUUCCAUUAGUUUUUAAUAUUUACAUUAGAGUAGUUCUCAGAAGCCCAACCAAGAUCAAAGUCCUGUUGAUGUAAUCCCUGUCAGAAAAGUUUAUUGUAUGUGUUACUAAGCAGCAUGUGAAAAGUGGGGGAGAGGAAGAUCUACACACAGUUCUGUGUAUACUUGCUGCUAUUACAUAAUUAUAGUGGCUGACUUCUUUGAAGAGACCUGGCCCUGGUCUACACUGGGGGGGAGAGGGCGGUCGACCUAAGAUACGCAACUUCAGCUACGCGAAUAGCAGAGCUGAAGUCUGCUUACCUUAGGUCGAUUUACCUGGAUGUGAAGAUGGCGGCGAGUCAACUGCUGCUGCUCCCCCGUCGACUCCACUUCUGUCUCUCGCAAACUGGAGUUCCGGAGUCGACGGGGAGCACGUUCAGAGAUCGAUUUAUUGUCUAGACAAGACAUGAUAGAUCGAUCCCUGAUGGAUCAAUCGCUACCCACCGAUCCGGUGGGUAGUGAAGACCUGGCCCUGGAAGACAUGAGGCUUGAGAAGAGAUUUGAAGGAGGACAGAAUAAGUGGCCUUGCAGAUCCAUCCGUUCAAGCUCAAGGAGACACGCAGAAAAAAGCACAAAGAAAUCUGUAGUGCGAAUGGACAAUCAGACUAUCAAAACUGGCAUUGCUGGCAGAGUGGAGAGGGUGAAGGGCCAACACAAUAAGAGCAGAGAGAAGCACCAGGGCCUUGAAGGCGAGGAUAAGACACACUUGGUCUUGAUGUGGUGGAAUGGAGAGACGGCAAAAUAGUAUCCGUGGCAACUAAAAUGAGUUUAGUUUGCUUUUCCACUGCUAAUGCAUAGUUUUGGUCAGGGUGAAUUUGAUUUAAAUCACUAGUCAGGAAGACUCUAUUUAAUCAUGGGUUUUCUACAUAAAAGUGCAUUCUUGCUGGUUGUUAAAACCUUUAAUACAUAUUCUUCACAACUCGGAGAUAGAUGUAGGUUUCAUUUUUAGAAGGUACAUGCUAUACAUUUUUAAACAUUUAUUUGAAAAACUUUUCAGAUUAGUUUUACAGCUAUAUCAGAAAAUGAAUAGUUGUUUGGUUUAUUUUAGUUACCAAAGGUAAUUGAAGCAGAUAGUUCACCUCCCAAUUAAUUAAUAAACAUCUUCAAUUCAACAGGUUAAUCAUUAAUAUUUGGAGGAUUUCCUUGCCAUGCUGUAUUAGGAGAACAUCACCAAACAGACAUUUAAAUUUUUAUUUAACUAAAACAAUGUUAAGUAUUCUGGAUUUUUUCUUCAACAACAAACAUACCAUAUUUUAACAAAACAAGCAUAUGUCCCUCACUUCUCACAUUUAUCUCUAGACUUCUUCUCCUUGCCCAGAUCUAUUCUGCCCCCAACAAUCUUCUAUUCAUUGAACUUUUUGAAACUUUUCACUUUUAGAAAGAGGUAAGGGAUUGACUCUGUGUACGCAAAUUUGCAGAGUGACAAUAGAGUUGAGGUCUGUUAUCUCACCUCUAUAUAUUUAUUAUUUUAAAACAUAUUUACUGUUAAGCUUGUUCGCUGGAGAUACAAAUCUGCAGUUUGAGAACUGGAAAACUAAGCAUCUAUAAUAGUGCUCAGUCUAGAAGAUACUGAGUCCCAGUGGGUAGAUAGAAAGAUUAACCUAAAUAAUCUAUACAGAAGCCUGUGGAACCGCAUAAGAUUGGGUCCCAAAUCCAUGAACUAUUGGAACUCAUUUACAAAACGCUUAAACAUUACAUGAAUAUAUUGUCUCAUACUAUAGAAUUAGAAUUUAUAAUGUCUAUUCCAUGAUGAGAGAACUUUGAGCUAUAAUGGAUCUUAAUACUAUCUUUAGAUUAGAUUUUUUUUGAUAAAAUGCUUUUUGAGG